AUGCAACACCACGUUUCCACGGAGAAAGCUGCGUGUUUCCACGGAGAAGCUGCGUGUUUGAACGAAGAAGGUGCGUGUUUCCAUGGAGAAGAUGCGUGUUUCCUCGAAGAAGAUGCGUGUUUCCAUGGAGAAGAUGCGUGUUUCCACGGAGAAGCUGCGUGUUUGAACGAAGAAGCUGCGUGUUUCAACGGAGAAGCUGCGUGUUUCCACGAAGAUGCGUGUUUCCAUGAAGAAGCUGCGUGUUUCCACGGAGAAUAUGGGCGUUUCCACGGAGAAGAUGCAUAUUUGUUCGGAAAAAAGGCUUCCCGUGACAGAACAACGGCAAUAUUCGACGGAGAAGUGUGA